AUGUCGAACCUAAUGUACAAUAAAAUGUGGCACCAGACCCAAGAAGCCCUCAAUACUCUGCUUGACAAAGAGAUUCAGAAGAUGACGGAACCACAGAGAAACAAGGUCUUGGUCUUCCAGAUGUUAGCCACCUUCUACAUAAAGUAUGUGCAGAUUUUCAGGAGCAUGGAGAAUGUCUAUGACCAGAUAGUCCAUCCACAGAAACGCACCCUUAUUCGUAAGAUCCUGGAUGGAGUGAUGGGUCGCAUUCUGGAACUGAAGAACGAGAUGGUAGAGUUAGAAUUGACAGAGUUCCAUUAUUUUGAUGAUAUCUUACAGGACCUGAAGUUGGCUCCACAACAGUUGGAUGUCCCCAUACCCAGGUAUUUUUUGAAGGAGAGGUUGGAAGUCAUAAAAGGAAGAGAGAAGAUCCUCGCUCGGAUCUUAAAAGAAUGUGGAUUGAACCUUCCUGACAAAUACGCUGUAAAGAGCAUAGCAUUGGAAGAGGCUAUUAAAAUGAUCCAGAUCGCUGAGCGAGCAAGACAGGGCCGCCUCAGGGCGUUGUUCAUGAAGCAGAUCUUCCUCCAGGAGUGCAGAGCCAAGGAGAUCAAGCUGCUGGGCCAGAGACUAGCUGACACCGGCAUGGCCGCCCUGCAGAUUCAAAAAGUUUGGCGAGGUUUCCAUCAAAGCAAAAAAACAGUGAGGGAGAGGGAAGAGGAGAUGGUAUUCCUGGGUAUGAAACCCUCCAGCCUGGGCCACAGUGUGAGUGAGGCUCUUAAGUAGUCGGAAAAGGUGACACGCCUGCGGAAUGAGGUGCAGAUGAAACAUGAACAGAGCUACCAGGAAGCCUUAGUGAAUAUCAAGGAGGAUCUGAAGUUAAUGGAAGGCCCGGACAUCAAGGAGCACCUUCAAGACCAGAUCCGACAGUGGUUCAUUGAAUGCAGGUGA